UUUGUAGGAGGUGUUUACCCGCCAUAUUGUGAAAUAACAGAUACCUGCAGCGUUGAGAAGAGCUAAUGGUAAACUAUCAUCAAGAUCCAUUACCAGCAAAGUGAUACACACCUUCCUACGACACACUGCGAAUUAGAUAUACAUAAUAUUUUUCGUAAACAAUCGCCACACUUUAUAAUUACUCUAAGUAGGUUAUUAAAAUAAUUAGCAAUGCCUCGUAGAAAACGUGGGAAAUCCAAGAAGAUCAACAUGGAGAGCAGAGCAGACGAACCUGAUCAGAAUGAAGAUGAAACGGUUGUAGACCAACCGGCAGACGAAGAUGAGGAUGCAAUAAGUAAGGAGGCAAUACUGCCAAUAGAAGAAGAUGCUGUGAGCAUUGCAACAGAAGUUCCUGUGGUGAUGAUAGAACUAGUACUAGAGGAUGCACCUGUGGAUUCAACCACAGAGCAGUCGGCAAUAGAGGAAGCUACUCCAGAGACAGAUGAUGUAGUCGCAGAGCCGAACGAGGAUCCAGAGUUGGUAGAGCCGGACGAUCAGGAACGUUCUAUAAAGGAUGUCACUGUGGACUUUAUUAAAGAGGACCUACUUGGGCGGCAGCAGACGCGGAAGAAGACUUACUUCCGUCAGGUUAAAACCAAAGAGGAACUUCCUUCCGGUUACCAGCGACCCCAGCGACCGCGCCCCCUGGUGAAGCCGCGUAAGGUCAAGGCGAUUCAGCUGCACGCGUGGCAGGCGCUGAUCAGGAACGACGGCUACGUGCGAUGUCCGCUGAAGUACUGCGGCCGUGAGAUGCGAUCGGUCGCCGGGAUGAGCGCACAUUACCUCACAUGCAAGGGGCUGCCGCCCAGCAACGAUAAGUUCCAGUGCGGAUUCUGCGGAAAGUUCCAGAACGAUGAGCCGGCACUGGUGGGUCACAUGGAGGAUGCACAUCCAGAGUGGGACACUUAUGUCGUCGACGACAAUGAACCUGUUGCCGAUGGCGAUGCCGGUGGCGCCACCGCGCAGGAGGAACCCGAGUCGCCGCCGCCACCUGUCAAGCGCCCGCGCGGCCGCCCACCCGAAGCCAGCGAGGGUGUCCGACGUAGAGGAGGAGGAUGA